GAUCUUGUUGUUCUUGUUCAUCUGAUUAGUGUAUGUAUGUACAGAUAACAGUGUUGAUUGGAGAGACAGGUUCUGGGAAGAGUACUCAAUUAGUGCAGUUUCUUGCUGAUUCGGGCGUUGGGGCCAAUGAGUCAAUUGUGUGCACUCAGCCUCGCAGGAUUGCUGCAAAAUCAUUGGCUGAAAGGGUCCGGGAAGAAAGUGGUGGAUGUUAUGAAGACAGUUCAAUCAAGUGUUAUUCUUCAUUUUCAUCUUGGAACAAGUUCGAUUCCAGGAUAAUCUUCAUGACAGAUCAUUGUUUAUUGCAGCACUACAUGAGUGAUAAAAAUUUGUCUGGGAUUUCGUGUAUUAUAGUGGACGAGGCUCAUGAAAGGAGUAUAAAUACUGAUUUACUGUUGGCAUUGAUAAAGAAUUUACUUUCUAAGAGGGUUGAAAUGCGGCUUAUCAUCAUGUCUGCCACAGCUGAUGCAAAGCAGUUAUCUGAUUACUUCUAUGGUUGUGGAAUUUUUCGUGUGCCAGGGAGAAACUUCCCUGUGGAGGUGAGAUAUGUUCCAUCUGAAUAUGAAGGACGAUCUCGUUCUUCUGUUGUGGACCCUUAUGUUUCCGAUGUUGUUAAAAUGGCAACUGAAAUUCACAGAACAGAGAAAGAGAAAGAAGGAACUAUUCUUGCCUUUCUUACAUCACAGUUAGAUGUAGAAUGGGCUUGUGAAAAGUUUGAAGCCCCCUCUGCAGUAGCUUUGCCCUUGCAUGGAAAACUUUCGUCUGAAGAGCAAUUUCAUAUUUUCAAGAACUAUCCUGGAAAAAGAAAAGUGAUAUUUUCAACGAAUGUCGCAGAGACAUCACUUACGAUUCCUGGUGUUAAGUAUGUGAUAGAUUCUGGAUUGGUUAAAGAUAGUCGUUUUGAUCCUAGCAGUGGGAUGAAUGUACUUAAGGUUUGCUGGAUCAGCCAGAGUUCUGCUAACCAACGGGCUGGUCAUGCUGGGAGGACCGAGCCUGGUAGAUGCUAUAGACUGUACUCAGAAGCUGAUUAUCAGUCUAUGGAACCAAAUCAAGAUCCCGAGAUUCGAAGAGUUCAUCUUGGCGUAGCAGUUUUGAAGAUCCUUGCUUUAGGGGUGAAGAAUGUCCAGGAUUUCGAUUUUGUGGAUGCUCCAUCCACUAGCUCUAUUGAGAGGGCAAUCGGGAAUCUAAUUCAAUUAGGAGCCAUUAAACUCAACAAUGAUGUUUAUGAAUUAACUCCUGAAGGUAGGCGCUUAGCAAGAAUGGAGAUUGAACCCAGGCUUGGUAAACUCGUUCUUGGUUGUUUCCAAUAUACCUUGGGUAGGGAAGGCAUUGCCCUAGCUGCCAUGAUGGCCAAUGCUAGAAGCGUAUUUUGCAGAGUUGGUAAUGAAGAUGAUAAGCAAAAAUCUGAUUGUCAGAAAGUGCAAUUUUGCCAUUGCGAGGGUGACCUUUUUACUCUUCUCUCUGUGUACAUGGAAUGGGAAGUCCAGCCUCAAAAUUGGAAGAAUAAAUGGUGUUGGGAAAACAGCAUCAAUGCCAAAUCUAUGAGGAGAUGCCAAAACACAUUUUUGGAGUUAGAAUCUUGCCUAGAGAGUGAACUUGGCCUUGUUGUUCCAAGUUACUGGCGCUGGGACCCUCAUAACCCUUCUAUUCACGAUGAGAACAUGAAAAAGGCUAUACUGUCCUCACUUUCUGAAAAUGUAGCCAUGUACUCUGGACGCAAUCAACUUGGUUACAUAGUAGCUCAAACGGAGAAACAUGUUCAACUACAUCCAUCUUGUUCCUUGCUUGUAUUUUCCCAGAGGCCUAGUUGGGUGGUUUUUUAUGAGCUUUGUUCAGAGUCUAAUGAAUAUUUGUUCUGUGUGAGUGCUGUUGACUUUCAAUCAUUAUACAGCCUUAAACCUCCUCCCUUGUUUGAUGUAUCCAAGAUGGAAGAGCAGAAGUUGCAAACAAAGACGCUGGUUGGUUUUGGCAAACAUGUUCUCAAGAGAUUUUGUGGGAAAGGAAAUUUGCUCGGUCAUGUUUCUCGUAUUAGGAAAGCUUGUAUGGACGAAAGAAUAUUUGUUGACGUGAAUUUUGACGAGAACCACAUUCAGCUGUAUGCCUGUUCCAAUGAUAUGAAUACAGCUAGUAAGCUGGUGAAUGAUGUUUUACAAUAUGAGAAGAAGAGGUUACACACUGAAUGUAUGGAAAAAUGUUUGUAUCAUGGGUUUGGUUCCUCAUCACCCGUGGCUAUGUUUGGCUCUGGUGCUGAGAUAAAGCAUUUGGAACUUGAGAAGCUUCCCUUGAGUGUUGAUGUGUUUCACCCAAACGUAAAUGCAAUUGACGAAAUGGAGCUCCUGAUGUUUUUUGAGAAAAAUACUUCUGGUUGUAUGUGUGACAUGCAAAAGUUCACAGGCAUGGUGAAAGAUGUUGAGGAUAAAGCAAAAUGGGGCAAGAUAACAUUUAUGACCUCCAAUGCUGCCAAAAGAGCUGCUGAGCUGGAUGGAGAAGAGUUUUGUGGUUCGCCCCUAAAAAUAGUUCAUUCACAGUCAGCUAUGGGAGGGGAUACAACAUUUUCAUUUCCUGCAGUUGAAGCAAGAAUUUCUUGGCUUCGUAGGCCUAUCAAAGCAGUUGGCAUAAUCAAAUGUGAUAAAAAUGAUGUGGAUUUCAUCAUUAGAGAUUUUGAAAAACUUAUCGUAGAUGGAAGAAGGUAUGUUCGUUGUGCUCCCAGUGAUAAGUAUUUGGACAACAUUCUUAUAACUGGGCUUGACAAAGAGGUUCCUGAGACUGAAAUUUUGGAUGUGCUAAGAUCUGCUACUAGUAGAAGGAUUCUAGAUUUUUUCUUUAAGAGAGGAGAUGCUGUUGAAAAUCCACCAUGCAGUGUGAUUGCAGAGACAAUAUUAAAAGAAAUCUCCCCCUUAAUGCCCAAAAAAAAACCUCACAUUAGUUCUUGCCGUGUUCAGGUGUUUCCACCUAAGCCGAAGGAUUAUUCGAUGAAUGCUUUAAUUCAUUUUGAUGGAAGAUUACAUUUAGAAGCAGCAAAAGCUUUGGAGAAAAUUGAUGGAAAGGUGUUGCCCGGAUUUCAUUCUUGGCAGAAGAUAAAGACCCAGCGUUUGUUUCACAGCACCUUGAUAUUUUCUCCUCCAGUGUAUCAUGUGAUUAAGGGACAACUGGAAAAAGUGCUGGCACGUUUCAACAAUUUAGAAGGUCUUGAGUGGAAACUAGACAUAACUCCUAAUGGCUCCCACCGAGUGAAAAUAACAGCCAAUGCCACAAAGACGGUGGCAGAAGGUAGGAGACUUCUGGAAGAACUGUGGAGAGGGAAAGUCAUUGUCCACGACAACCUCACCCCUGCCACUCUACAGCCCAUAUUGUCCAAAGAUGGUUCUAGUCUUACAAGCUCAAUACAGAAAGCGACUUCAACUUACAUUCAAUUUGAUAGGCGCAACAUGAAGUUACGGAUAUUUGGUUCGCCGGACAAGAUUGCUUUGGCUGAGAAAAAGUUAAUUCAAUCUCUCUUGUCCCUCCAUGACGAAAAACAGUCAGUAAUCCGUCUGAGUGGAAGGGACCUACCUUCUGAUUUUAUGAAGCAAGUGGUUAAGAAUUUCGGGCCAGAUCUUCAUGGACUAAAAGAGAAGGUACCCGGGGCAGAUCUUAGGCUUAACACACGCAACCGGACAAUCCUUUGUCAUGGUAACUCGGAGUUGAAAUCAAGAGUGGAGGAAAUAACUUUUGAGAUUGCACGUUUAAGCAAUCCUUCAAGCGAGAGAUUUGACACUGGACCUAGUUGCCCAAUUUGCUUGUGUGAGGUUGAGGAUGGAUAUCAGCUUGAAGGUUGUGGUCAUUUGUUCUGCCGGUCAUGUAUGGUGGAGCAGUGUGAAUCUGCUAUAAAAAACCAAGGCAGUUUCCCAAUACGUUGUGCUCAUCAGGGCUGUGGAAAUCAUAUUUUGCUUGUAGAUUUCAGAACUCUCCUGUCAAAUGAUAAGUUGGAAGAACUUUUCAGGGCUUCUUUGGGAGCUUUUGUAGCCUCAAGUUCAGGAACCUAUAGGUUUUGUCCAUCUCCUGACUGCCCCUCAAUCUAUAGAGUUGCAGAUCCCGACACAGCUAGUGUUCCAUUUGUUUGUGGGGCAUGUUAUUCAGAGACUUGUACCAGGUGCCACAUAGAGUAUCAUCCGUACGUUUCAUGUGAGAGAUACCGACAAUUCAAGGAUGACCCGGAUUCAUCUCUGAGGGAUUGGUGCAAAGGGAAAGAACAAGUUAAGAAUUGCCCGGCAUGUGGGCAUGUAAUUGAGAAGGUAGAUGGGUGCAAUCACAUUGAGUGCAAAUGUGGAAAACAUAUCUGCUGGGUUUGCUUAGAGUUCUUUACAACCAGUGGUGAAUGUUAUAGCCAUAUGGAUACUAUACACUUGGGCGUAGAUUAAAUUGCCAUUUGCAUGGAAAUUAUAUUUCUUGAGAAAAUUGAAAAAUGUGAAAGAAAAGCAAUGGGCAAGUGUUAGCCAUGAAUCAGUACACUGCAAAUCUGGCUGGGAAUGAGAUUUCGAUAUUGCCUCUACCUGCAUUUCAUGUUGUCAAUGGAAGCUCACAUGAACGAAACAAGUUGGAAAUGCAAGUAAUUUAAGAUGUCAUGACUUUUUCAACUUUAAGCUGGCAAUACAUCAAACAAUAGAAAUGUUGUUUCACUUUUAAGACCUAUUGAAGCAAUGUUCUAAGUGGAACAAAUUUGACAAUACAGUGAUAUGUUUUAUAUGAUUAAAAUAUAUUGGCAGGUCGCAUAUACUGUAAAUUGGAUUGUAGUAUUUAAACAAAAACUUGCACUGUGUGUAUAAAUCCUAAGUUUGUUAAUAGAGAAGUUGAAGACGUAUGCAUAAUUGACCGGAUUCUGUGUUCUCUGUUUGUAUUUUUUUCGUUUUUGUUUGAACAAUAUGUUG